AGCCUGAUGCCUCAUCUCCGCCACGCUUGCUCAUGAAUCAAGGACUCUAGAUUUGUGUGUGCACACACACCCAAACACACGCACACACACACGCGCACGCGCUUUUUUUCAUUCCCCUCCUUCGCUCUCUGAAGCCCAGGGAGAAUCAGUGACAGAGGUGUUUCAUUGUUGAGUGGGUUUUGCCUUUUUGCUUUUUAAAAAAAAAAAAAAAAAAAAAAAUUCAAAAGCAAUUAAUGAUCAGAUCUAGGGGAGAAACAAAACAAAACAAAACAAAAAAAACAAACAACCCUGAAUAGAAACAAAACUUUUGAAUGCUGGAUUCCAAAAAAAAAAAAAAAGUUAUGUGGACAGCUUCUUUGAGACUAUUUAAAAACUGGCCCAACAGGUCUCUACAACGUCAAGAUCUAACUAAGCUUUAAAAGGUCAAGAAGUUUUAUGGCUGACAAAGGAUUUGCUCCUGCGCAGAGGACCUUUCCCACCUAAGCUUCUGGGAUUUGGGAAUUUCGCCCCCAUUCUCUUCCGUCUGUUGCAUCUCUCUGCAAGCAAGGGCUGAAAUCGUUUUCUUUUGUUGUUUUGAGGGAACCAGGAGGGUGGGGGGUGGCCUGAGCUGGCCGCAGGCAACUGUUAUAUAGGCUUGUCUUACUGGGCCCUGCCAAGUGGUUAUUUUCGCCUCCUGUGGGUUUGGCUUUUGUUGGUUUCUGUUUGGGUUUGGAGUGAGACUCUGGCUAGUGGCAUAAGGAGAACUUACUUUAACAAAUUUAUUUUUCAGCAACAGAGAGGUAGAUGUGACUGGCAACAACUUUCUACCCCUUCUCUUUUUUGUUCUACUCAGAACCAGAAAGCAUCCCUCCCACCAGCAAACCCUGGUAAUAAUGACUCCGACCUGGCUGGUUUGCAGACAUUGGUUUUGCUUUUUAAAAAUCGGCCCCUAGUUGCAUUUGUCCGGACCGUCACCAAGAUCUGCACUCUUGAUGCUGUCCUCAAGUUCGUGGCCUCAGGGCCCUCCUUUUGCUGAAACUGCCUUUUUAGCUCCUUGGUCUCUGAGCCCCUUGAAGGCGGUUUGAACGGAGCCCAGUUUAUGUCAAGUUCUGCCCAGCACUGUUAUUGCUUCACUGUGGGAUAGCUGGGAGUAUGGCCACCCUGCUCCACGAUGCGGUAAUGAAUCCAGCAGAAGUUGUGAAGCAGCGCUUGCAGAUGUACGACUCGCCGCACCGGUCGGCCCUCAGCUGCAUCCGGACCGUGUGGGGGACGGAGGGCUUGGGGGCCUUCUACCGGAGUUACACCACGCAGCUGACCAUGAACGUUCCAUUCCAGUCUAUCCACUUCAUCACCUACGAGCUCCUGCAGGAGCAGAUCAACCCGUACCGGGGCUACAACCCGCAGUCCCACAUCAUCUCAGGCGGGCUGGCCGGGGCCCUGGCUGCAGCCGCCACCACCCCUCUGGACGUUUGUAAAACCCUCCUCAACACUCAGGAGAACGUGGCCCUCCACCUGGCCAACGUCAGCGGCCGGCUGUCGGGCAUGGCCAACGCCUUCCGGACGGUGUACCAGCUCAACGGCCUGCCCGGCUACUUCAAGGGCGUGCAGGCCCGCGUCAUCUACCAGAUGCCGUCCACUGCCAUCUCCUGGUCCGUCUAUGAGUUCUUCAAGUACUUCCUCACCAAGCACAAGCUGGAGAAUCGAACUCCGUACUAAAGGAACGGGCUGUGGGAAGUGAUGCCAGAAUCUUUGAUUGUGCAAAGGCUUUCCCUGACUGUUCCCCUUCCCCUGCCCUCACACCAAGAUUAUCAGGGCAGGCUGUUGGCAGGAUCUGCUCCCUGACGCCUUAGAGAGAGGAGAGGACGGGACAGCCGCUUACACGAUGGCCGUCCGUCCGCAGGGAUAUCCCAGGUGGUAGAAAGUGUUGAAAGACUGGCAGGGGAGCGAGAAAGUGCUUUCUCUCUUCCUCCCCCCGCCUCCGAGAGCGAUGUAGCUUUUCUGCUUCAGUAUAGCAUCUCCUCCCCUAGAAUCGUACGUAGAUCACCCAGGAGGGAAGAAAAUGUGCAGUGACUGAAAACAUUAAAGAGGAAAAAAAAAAUUAUGUAUAUAGAAGUUCCAGUACACAGUAUCAAAUAGAUGGAUAAUGUUUAUCCUUUAUUUUUCUAUGUAGAAGUUUUUGGAUUUGCGUGUGUGCCUCUGUGUGUGUACAAGCAAGUGUUACAGCUGGGAAUAUAAAGCUGUUUAAAAAAAAACAAAAAAUAGCUGAAUUCUUCCAUCCGGUUAAGUCAAAAGGCACCAAAGUAAUACAUCGCUCCACGUGGUCUAAAAUUGUGUUGAGCCCCCCCCCCCCCAGAUGGAAGUUCCACUUGAAUGUAAAAUAAUAAAUAUAAGGUUUA